UUUUAUUAUUGAAAUUAUUAAACGAUUAAUAUAUAUUUUUAAUUACAUCACAAUUCGCAUUUAUAUUUCUAAAGAUUCAAGAUGGCAGAUAAAAUAAAGGCAUUUUUUCAAAAGAAAAAGACCAAUACUAAGUUUAUUAACGCUGGAAAAGGAUAUAAAUUGAACGAAACUAGUAGACCUGAAACAUCGGAGAGAAUUCAAUCAGAGAUACCAAUAAAAAGAGCAGAACCUACGGAUGAAGCAAAAGUUGCUGGACAAGCUGCAUUAGCACGAUUACAAGCGAAACAAACUGAUUCGCGCAGAUUUAACACGUCCUAUGCGGCGAUACAGGCACGUGUUAAAAAAGAACUGGAAAUGGAAAGAAAAGCACGACAGGAACAAGAAAAAAUAGCUUCCGCUAAAUCAGCUGAAAAAGCUAAGGAAAAGGAUAAAGAAAUUUUAGCUGUUACCGAUGUAUACUUUCGAUGUCCUUAUAUCUCUGAUGAAGUUUUAACCCGAGACGAAUGGAAAAAAAAGAUCCGAGAAUUUCUAUACGAACAAUUAAAAGAAGAAGAAGCUGGUUUAACUUCCUGCCUAAUCAUUCAUAAUUGCAAUGCAGGAAAAACUAAAAUUCAGCAAUGUAUAGAGACUUUAGAAAAGUAUAUAGAAAAUAUUUUAAAAAAUCCGGGAGUAGAAAAGUAUCAAAAGAUCCGAAUGUGUAAUAAAAUAUUUCAGGAAAAAGUGAUGCCAUUGGAAGGAGCGUUAGAAUUCUUGCAAGCUGCUGGUUUUGAAAAAAAGAAAUUAUUACAUAAUGAGGUAGAGGAAGACUUUUUAAUAUGGAAUCCUGAUGCUUCUACUAUCGAUGAUUUAACUAUACUAGUAGAAGCACUGAGAUCUGCUGAAGUUAUUCCACUUGAAGUAGAUAGAAAUUUGCAAGUUCUGUUACCUACUCAAGCGAACGAAAUGUAUGAACUAUCUGAUAAUUUCUUUACUAUAACUUUAGAAGAGUUGAGAAGAGAGCAAAAACUUCGAACCGAAGCUGUCGAAAGAAAUCAAAUGUUAAGGACUAAAGCUAUGCGAGAAAAAGAUGAAGAACGAGAAUUAAAAAGAUAUAGAUUUACAUUAAUUCGAAUAAGAUUUCCGGAUAACAUAUUAUUACAGGGAACAUUUUCGGUGCACGAAAAAUGUAGGGAAUUAGUGGAUUUCGUUAAAGAAAAUUUGAUCAAUGCCGAUAUUCCAUUUUUCUUGAUUUUACCACAAGGUCAAAAACUCCAAGAAGAAGAUUACGAUAAAACGUUAUUAGAGUUAAGAUUAAUACCGACGUGUUUAUUAAAAUUUUCACACGAAAACUAUAAAAGAGAUUUGGAUGUAUCUGCAGGAUAUUUAAAAGAAACCGUGCUUUGCUUAAUACGAAACACAUAAAAUCGUGGUAAAUGUUAGGUGUAUCGCUGACGUUUUUGUACAAAAUAAUUUUUUACAAGAGGUCUUUUGGUAUACGUUUUACAUUAAAUCAUGUUCCUUUUUCUUUUUUUGGAUAAUCCCAAAAUAAAAUAUAUUUUUACGGGUAUUUCUCAUACAUCAGCUUUGACGUAUGAACGAUUUCCACAAGAAAUGGGUAUAUAUAUUUUGAAUCAUUGAAAAUCUGAGCAUUGUUAAGUUUCAGAAUUCUAAUUAUUAAAUAUCUAUGAUCUACCUAGAUCAAGUUCAAAUCAUACAUAAUACUAGAAUAUAUUUUUACAAUUAUCACCCUUAUUUUGUGCCUGAGACUUAACGAAGUAUUUAAAAUCUUACGCGUUAUUAUUAUAUAUAUACUGAUUGAGAAUAUAUAUAUAUACGCAUUUUUAUUUUCA